AUGCCAACAGAUCACGAGGAGCCCUGUGGUCCCAGUUACAGGUCAUUUUGCCUGAAUGGGGGGAUUUGUUAUGUGAUACCUACUAUUCCCAGCCCAUUUUGUAGGUGCGUUGAAAAUUACACAGGAGCUCGUUGUGAAGAAGUUUUUCUUCCAAGUUCAAGCAUCCAAAGCAAAAGCAACCUGUUUGCAGCUUUCCUGGCAUUGACUGUUCUUCUAGUAACACUUACCAUUGCAGCCCUCUACUUCCUUUGCAGGAAGGGCCACCUUCAAAGAACCAGUUCAGCCCAGUGUGAUAUCAACCUGGUAGAGAUGAGCAGUACCAGAGCACACCACAGUGAGUAA